GGCCGACGCUCAUCCGCGGCAUGAGUGCCGACUUGCCUGACGUGUCCGGUUACGGUCUCGGCAGGAGUCGCCGCGCCUCCCUCUCGGCCGAGCAGCGCCGCAAGCUGUCCAUGAUCAGGACGGCCAGCAUCCCGAGCCCGCUGACGCCCGUGAGUCACAUUUACCAUUUGGUACCCUGCCCGAGAAAAUGCUGUUCACAGAAAUAUGUCGUCAGUACGGACAGGAGUGGUGAUAUACAUGUUCACGUUCAGGGUGACUUAAGCCAGCAGGACAAGCGAUGUGUGUUUCUCACAGUCCACGAUCUUGGAACCAACCACUCGUCCAUGGUGGACUUCGUGGGCUUGCCGGCCAUGACCGAGAUAAAAGAACGCUCCUGUUUCAUACACGUGGACGUACCAGGACACGAAGAAAACUCGCCUGAUCUGCCUGACUCCUACCAGUUCCCUCCCCUCCAAACGCUAGGCGAGGACCUGAUCACGGUCCUGGACUUCCUCCACGUCCGCUACGCUGUAGGCCUCGGUGAAGGCGCCGGGGCCAACGUGCUCGCUCGCUGCGGCCUCGCGCACCCCCGCCGGCUCUUAGGCCUCAUCCUCGUCAACUGUACGGCCUCGACCUCGUCGGUCGCCGAUGCCUUCAGAUCCCGGUUCUCCCGCUGGAAAGGCACGGACAUCUCGCAGUCCGAGGAGGACUUCCUCAUCUACCACAAGUUUGGACACCAAAUCCAGAGCGACUCCUGCGAGGCGACCGAACGCGAACGAAUGUUGCUAGAGUACCGCUCGCGCCUGCGCGGGAACCUCAACACGCACAACAUCAAGCAGUAUGUGCGCGCCUUUAUCAACCGCAAAGACCUGGUCCUCCGCGGCUGCCAGCCCGACAUCCUGCUCAUCACGGGGCUCCUCAGCCCCUACGCCAGCGUCGUGGAGAAGAUGUACAAGGAACUGGACAAGGACAAGGUCACCAUCCUCAAGGUCGAGAAGGUCGGCGACGUGCUGGCUGAGGCGCCCGCAAAAGUGGCGCAGUCCCUCCUCCUCUUCUGCCAAGGCCAGGGUCUGCUGACCUCCCUCCCCCCACCGGGGGUCGAACGGCGCAUGUCCCGCGCCAUGUCCAUGGAGGAAUAUGACAAACCCAACAUUCGGCGGCUGUCGCUCACGCCGAGCGUGUCCGAGUCUCCUCCACCGAGGAAGUUGUAAAGAUUG